AUGGCUGUCAAGAUCCCAGGUCUGCCUCCCUUGAGGCUUCACUCUCCUUACUGGCAGAAUGUGAUCAUCGGUAUCCUCGUCGGGCUGACUGCCGGUCUCUAUGUCGCCCUCAACCUCCUGGGAGCUGGAGGGGGACGACCCAAUUCCGCGACGACCAUCCAAACCGUCAACGCCACUCUCUGCGCAGUCUGGUUCUUUUCGGCGUCCUUUGGCGGCUCGGUAUUGAACAAGAUUGGUCCUGCCAUCACUGCCUGCCUGGGCGUCUUGGGCUAUGUCAUCUAUGUUGGGUCGCUGUGGUAUUUCGACCAAGUUGGCAAAGAAGGCUUCCCUAUCUUUGCCGGUGUCUGCAUUGGUCUCUCGGCUGGCAUGAUCUUCGUGACCAUGGGAUACAUCGCCAUGUCAUACUCUGAGGAGCAAGACCGCGGGAAAUACAUUACCAUGUCCAUCAACCUGCAGGCCAUGGGCUCCGUGAUUGGAGGUAUCAUCCCUCUCAUCAUCAACAGGAACGCGACCGAAGCAGCCGGUGUCCCAUCCGCGGUUUAUAUUGUUUUCAUCGUCAUGAUGAGCUUGGGAAUGGUUGGCGCUUUCGCCCUCAUGCCUCCGUCCAAAAUCACUCGUGACGACGGCACCCCAGUCGGGCUCGUCCAGGCUCGCAGCUUCGUCGAUGAGCUCAAAAGCAACCUGGAGAUUUUCAAGGACUGGAAGUUGAUGAUCAUGGUGCCCGCCUUCCUCCCAGCAGAAUGUUUCCUCGUAUACGGGGGUUCCGCCAACGCCUACCACAACAACCUCCGAACACGAUGCCUGUUGUCCUUCGUCUCAGUGUGCCUCCAAAUCCCAGCAGGAUGGGGUCUGCAAGCCAUCCUCGACCACAAGGCCUGGAAACGGCGUACCCGAGCAUUCAUCGGCCUUACAAUCGUCGGCGUGCCCCUGAUCGCCGCCUGGAUCUGGGAGAUCGUGCGCACGCGCAACUACGACCGCUCCAACCCACCGGCGCGAGCCAUGGACUGGACCGACGACGGCUUCGUGGCCAUCUUCUUCUUGUUCAUGCUGAACUGGGUCUCCAGCUCGUUGUGGCAGUACCUGAUCUUAUAUUUCCUUGGCACGUUGACAAACUCGCCGCGCAAAUCUGCCAAUUAUGCUGGCGUCUUCCGUGGCUUCCUCGGUGCCGGCGAAGCCAUCUGUUUCGGCGUCGACUCGCUGGCGGUGCCGUUCAUGAAAGAAGCGGCCGUCAUCUUCACCUUCUACACGACCGGCGUCAUCGUGUUCGCGUACCUGGCUGCCUUCCACAUCCGCGACACGGAAUAUUUCAACGGCGAGGACGACGUCGUGAUCCCCAAACAUAUCUUGGAAGAGCAUCCCGAGGAAGCUAAAACCGUUACCGAAGAGGACCAGCAGCCGGUCGAAGACCAAACGGUCGAGAUUGGGAUGGAGAAGGCAUGA